AUGGUACAGCGGCAGUUGAUCGGUGGGUUUGAUACAUUCUUCGUCACGAAUGAUGUCGGCAGAGGGAGGUCUGCCCUUAGGAAGAAAAGGCAUCUCCAUCAAGUCCAUCUGGGAUGGUACGGUGCACAACGUGUUUACAACCGCGAGAAGGCGAUUGGAUCGCUGUGGUUACAUCAAGUUCUGUCCCAAGGACAGACUAUUAUCAAGGGCAACAGCAAGCAAGCUUUCGAAGCCAAAAAACAAACAAACAAACACUUUGGCUUUGUGCAAGAGUUCUGA